AUCUUCGUAGAAUGUCGGAGUAUAAACGAGUGAUUUCGGGGAAAUUGAAGCUGAAAGGCGAGAAGAAAUCCAAGAAAAGGAAAAGGACCGAAGGCGAAAAAGAAGCGAAAUCCAAAGCCGAUAGACGUGACCUUGAUGACGAUUCCGUUGAACAUGGGAACUGGAAAUCGGUUGAAGAGUUCAGUGAAAUCGUUGGGCCGGUUGCGAUUGAACUACGUCCUCAUACGUAUUUGAAGAGUUUGGACUCCGGUAACUUCGUUGCUGGUGUCCCGCAUAAACCGGGUGAACCCCCGGCACCGGAAGAAAUCCUCACAGCCAUCGCGGUCGACGACUCUCGAAUAGCCUUGAAGUCCGGCUACGGGAAAUUCAUGAGCGUGGAACGCAACGACUCGGUUUCCGGAAUAGCGGAAGCCAUCGGGGCCCGGGAAUACUGGGAACCCGUGUUCCAAGACGGCAAAAUGGCCAUUCAGGGUAACAACGGGAAAUUCAUGGGCCUCGACGACGAGGACAGUGUGGUGUGUUCCAAGCGUCGGGCGGAAGCGGACGAGGUGGUGAAGAUCCGGGUGCAAGCCCGGAUGGAAGCCCAAGACCCGAAUGAAGGCGUGCCCGUAGAAGAACGGGGAUCUCUCGUUGAUGUUGAAGUGAAUUACAUAAAGAAGUUCCAGAAAUUUCAGGACAAAAAGAUGCGAAUCAAUCCAGAGGAUCGGUCGAAUUUGAAGAAAGCGUUGAAGACGGGUGAACUUCAUGAAGCUUUGCUCGAUCGAAGAGAGAAGAUGAAAGCUGAUCGCUAUUGCAAAUAAUUUUUUAUUUUUACGAUCCCCAAAUGUUGACUCAUGGUUCAAUAUUUGGUUUUCGACUUUUCAAAUAAAUUGAGCCUCUUGAUUUUUGAACCGUUGUUUUUAGUGUCUCGAAAGCG